AUGGAGAAUUAUGAUGUAAACAAAACAAAACAAAACGAAGCAGCAAGAGGUUUGAUAACCUCGUGUCACAUAGCCCUGUUCGUUGACUCCACCAGCAUACCGACAUUUGAUCCGACAUUCGACUCGAUCAAUUUGCAAGUAAAGUCACUAUUAUACUUGUUCAAGAGACUAAGGAUUAAUAAACUAUCUCCUUUGGUGAAGAAUGGGCAAUUGACGUAUUUGGAUUCAAACAGUUCAGGUGCAAAUGUUGAUGACGCUGAUCCCACAUUCACCAAACUUGAUAGGACUUACAAUGUGUCCAAAUUCGAAGAAUUGUUACUCGAUGAUGAAUAUCGUGUGUUGGUUGAUUACAUCAAAAAUAAAUUCCGUUCAUUGUGCUUUUUGAAUGAGGUACCUUUUGACAACAGCGACAACUACAGCAGUCCCUCUGAUGGUUUCCCACCCUUUUUGGAUUAUAAAAAACGCAAGUCCAAGUACUUCAAAUUCACGUUGUUCCCCAUUGAACAACCACACACUACCGAGUCUAUUGCCCGUAUUCUUAGUGGAUCAACUGUUUACAGUGAACAUAAGGUUCCAUCAUUGAAGAGGUACAAUAUUGCACUUACUGCAAUAACAAAGGCCAUUGGUAAACCCUCGAUCGUGAAAUUCACCAUAUCUCAAGAUGAGAAGACACGGAUUAUUAGAAACUAUCUCACAUUAUUGGCAACACAUGUACAAGUGAUGAGACUUUACGAUGAGUACACGAAAUUGCAUCCACUUAUAACUACACUGACAAACACCCUUGAACAUUCAACGUUGAAAUUGCCACUCAAUGACUCUCCAUCGGCGGGCUCAACAUCUUCGUCACCUACUAAAGUCCAGCCCUCAACUUCUUUGACAAAGCUGUCGCUGUCACCCACAAAACUAGCGAAACGAGCCCCACAAUCAUCACUCACACGAAAGCCAUCCAUACCGAAAUUGCGACUUGAAGAAUUAAACAAUCCGGUAACUAAUCCACCUAAACAUCAAUAUGGAGAGAAAGUGGUGUUUUCCAGUUCAAGCAAUGCUGCUGUAUCACACUCGGACUCUGGAUCCGGGUCAGCCACUUUAUCAGAAGAUGUAGAAGGUGAGGAAAUUUUACGUUUGGACCUCAGUUCCAACCCGGAGCAAAUCCUCAAGCCACUGGCCAAGACACAAGUAUCCUCAAACCCAGCUGACAUUUUGACCCAGAAUGACAUUCUCAUGCACUCAACCAAGCCGCAAAACUAUAUCGAGAGCAUCAAGAGCAAUGGGUUUCAUUUAUCUAAUAAUUACUUUGUAACGUCGCCGGAUUCGGAUGGCGAUUUGAUUGGGUUGUGUUUGUUGGGGUCAGAGACUUUUGAGGUCAAGUUGACCAAUAGUCACAAGAGUAAGAGCAACAGCAAUGGCAAGAGCAACGGCAAGAGCAAGAGAAAAGAAGUCAAUUUUACACUAAAUGAUCAUAUUGUUACAUUUGCGCCCUCAAUUUUGCAAAUCUUUUCCAAAAUUCACCCGAAACCGGAAUUGCUUGUUAUUGGACUAGGCAAGAAAACCAGUCGUUUGCUCAACCCUGAAAAUAGACAAUGGUUCAGUAGCUUGGGCAUACAGUUGGAAGUCAGUGAUUCAACUAAUGCAGGUCAGAUUUAUGAUUUAUUGAGUACUGAAAGACCUGGUGUUACUGGUGCGUUAUUGUUACCUCCUAACUUGUGA